AUGGCGGAAACUCGUUCUCAGACGGCGUUGAAGGAAACUGUGGCUCAUGAAGCAAGCGUGGUGGUACGAGAGGCAGAGGAGGCCAUCGGACCUCAAAUCAGUAAAAUGAUCUCUCACACCGACACGUUGGAGGCGAAAAUGAUGGAGCAUAACGAGAAGAUUGACAGUAGUAUCAAAGAGAUGUUCUCAGCGAUCAGUCUCCUAUUAAAAUCCAAGGAGACAAUCCCAGGUACCAUGGAACGAGAUCUGAGUCCACCUCGGGCUUCAACCUCUCACGUGGUGUGUUUAGAUUCGAAGGCUCUUGAAGAUAGGGGACAAACAGAGUCUUCAGAGAACUAUGAUACUAUCACCAGGAUGGGUAAGAUUGAUUUUCCUCGUUUCGAUGGUGAUGGGGUGAAAGAGUGGUUGUUCAAGGUAGAGGAUUUAUUUGAGUUAUAUCGAACACCACAUUCGAGGAAGAUCAAAAUGGCAGCUGUGCAUUUCGACAGUCACGCAGCUCAUUGGCACCAUGCACUGGUACAGUCUAAUCUUUAUGGUCAUUUGUUGCAAGAUUGGGAUGCAUAUAAGAUGAAAAUUAAGGAGAGAUUUGAUGAUGUGUUAGAGGAUCCAAUUGUUGAGCUUAAAAAGUUACACGAGACUGAUGGUAUUGUUGAUUAUCACCAAAAAUUUGAGUUGCUUAGAACAAGGGUCAAUAUGUCCGAGGAUUACUUGGUUAGUGCUUACCUUGCAGGCCUAAGAGUGGAUACUCAGAUGCAUGUACGUAUGUUUCAGCCACAAACAGUACACCACUGCUUGAUGUUGGGUCGCCUCUAUGAGAAAGCUCACCCCACGAAGCCUAUUUCACAGUUUGGGACAUCGACUAAGCCAUCUUCUGGUAACAUGAGUGGAAAAGGUAUUCUUGGUGUAAAGAAGGAGCCGUAUUCUGGAGGUUAUUCGGAGAAGAAGACGGAUGAAAAGGGUGAUGGGGUAGGCUCCAAGAAGUUUUUAUCUAAUGCAGAAAUGAGUGAUAGAAGGGCUAAAGGGUUGUGUUAUUUCUGCGAUGAAAAAUAUACUCCUGACCAUUACCUAAAACAUAAAAGGAAGCAGUUGUACCUUAUCGAAGUCGGGGGUGGAGAGUAUGAGAGUGAUGAGGAAGAGGAGAGUCUGGAAACCAUGGAAGUCACACCUAGAGUGUCUGUAAGUGCAGUCUCUGGUGUAGAGGAGUAUGACACAAUGAGAGUGAAAGGGUUGUAUGGGAAAAGAAUUAUUCUCAUGCUGGUUGAUUCGGGUUCAACUCACAACUUCAUGGACCCUCGUUCUGCAGAAAGAUUGGAUUGUGUGAUCGACUCGUCUCAAAUGACACGAGUAUCAGUUGCGGAUGGCAGGAAGUUGAUGGUUCAUGGAGCAGUCUAUAACUUUCAGUGGACUUUCCAAAAUACAACAUUCACUGCAGACUUUAUGUUGAUUCCAUUGGGAGGUUGUGACAUGGUUUUGGUGAUCCAGUGGCUUCGAACCUUAGGAGUUAUCUCGUGGGAAUUCAAGGAACUGGAAAUGAGUUUUAAGUAUGGGAACCAAAGGGUGAUGUUGCAUGGUAUUAAGCCAGGAUCGGUACGAGGAGUGAAAGUAAACAAAUUGAAGAAGAUAAGAGACCAAGAGGCUCAAAUCUCUAUGAUAUACGCAGCAGAAGGAGGAAACAUGGAGGAAAUGCAGUUAUGCAGUAUAGAGGGUGAAAACUCGGUUCUUGCAGAGGAUUCAGGAAUUGGAGAAGUAGUGCAGGAGUUCGAGGAGAUCUUCAAAGAACCGACUACACUACCUCCUUCCAGAGAAAACCAUGACCAUAAGAUACCACUAAAGGAGGGAGCAAACCCAAUCAAUAUCCGUCCGUAUCGCUAUGCAGUCCACCAAAAGAACGAGAUUGAUAAGAUGGUAGGAGAACUACUAGAAGUGGGCACCAUUCAGGGUAGUUCCAGUCCGUAUGCAUCCCCUGUAGUCUUGGUCAAGAAGAAGGACGGGACAUGGAGACUCUGUGUCGAUUACAGAGGACUUAACGAGUUAACAGUAAAGGACAGGUUCCCUAUUCCUCUUAUUGAGGAUUUAUUGGAUGAGUUGGGAGGGUCUAGUGUAUUCUCAAAGAUUGAUCUAAGAGCAGGGUAUCAUCAGGUGAGGAUGGAUCCUAUGGAUGUGCAUAAAACAGCGUUUAAAACCCACAAUGGGCACUAUGAAUACCUGGUGAUGCCUUUUGGCCUAACCAACGCCCCUGCAACCUUCCAGAAUUUGAUGAACACGGUAUUCAGGAAGUUUCUGCGGCGGUUCGUACUCAUAUUCUUUGAUGACAUAUUGGUAUAUAGUGCCACGAAAGAAGAACAUGCGGAGCACUUGAGAUCUGUUUUCCAACUGAUGAAGGAGAAUCAAUUAUACGCCAAACAGAGUUNGGGAGGGUCUAGUGUAUUCUCAAAGAUUGAUCUAAGAGCAGGGUAUCAUGAGGUGAGGAUGGAUCCUAUGGAUGUGCAUAAAACAGCGUUUAAAACCCACAAUGGGCACUAUGAAUACCUGGUGAUGCCUUUUGGCCUAACCAACGCCCCUGCAACCUUCCAGAAUUUGAUGAACACGGUAUUCAGGAAGUUUCUGCGGCGGUUCGUACUCAUAUUCUUUGAUGACAUAUUGGUAUAUAGUGCCACGAAAGAAGAACAUGCGGAGCACUUGAGAUCUGUUUUCCAACUGAUGAAGGAGAAUCAAUUAUACGCCAAACAGAGUAAGUGCAGUUUUGCCACGGAUAAGGUAGAGUACCUUGGGCAUUAUAUCGAAGGUCGUGGUGUUUCUAUUGAUCCAAAUAAGGUUGUGGCAGUCGCAGAAUGGCCGGUACCAGUGUCCUUGAAGCAGUUGAGGGGAUUUCUUGGAUUAGCUGGCUACUAUCGCCGGUUUGUGUGUAACUUUGGGACUAUAGCUCGACCAUUAACAGCGUUAACUAAGAAAAAUGCAUUUUUAUGGUCAGGAGAGGCUCAACAAGCUUUUGAAGAGCUGAAAUAG